CCUAAGCCAAUCGGCUCUCUUCACCCAGAGCAAAAUGAAUAAUAAGCAAGCAAGAAGAAAGGAGGCGAUUAUGAUCAACGUUGCUCCGUCGGAAAUCUUACCGGCGGCGGAAUUAAUUGCCAACAACGUCGAUCUCCUUAUGGAAAUCCUUCUACGGUUGCCAGCAGAAUCCACAAUCAGGUUCAAGAUCGUGUCCAAGCACUGGCUCUCCCUCCUCUCCGACUCCGGAUUCGUCCCAAACCACUGCUCCCAGAACCCCAGACCCUCGAUCUCGGGCUUGUAUUUCUACUUCGAUGGCACACUCAGCUCCGUCUCCCUCCAAGGCGGCCGCCAUGAUCUCCCUUCUCUCUCCUUCCUCAAGUCUAAAAUUGGGGCUACACACUCCUGCAACGGCUUGCUGUUGUGCUAUGUUACUACUAUCAAUGGCGAUUUUCGGGGAUACAUUGUUUGUAAUCCCACCACAAAGAAACACACUUUGCUACCUAAACCUGUUGGUUUAGUUGGGGGUUGGGAUGGUUACUUGGCUUUUGAUCCUACGAAAUCACCUCACCAGUACAAAGUUGUAUCUCUCCGUUACGGCACUCAAGAAAUUGAUGUCUACAGUUCACAGAGUUUGCGCUGGAAAAAGAUCAUCCCGGACCAAAAAUAUGAUGGUGUUUGCGCGUUUUGGAACGGAGCGAUCCAUUGGUUAACCGAUGACCAUUUUCUGAAGAGAUUUGAUGUUGAUGGAGAGGAGAUGAUAGCAAUGCCAAACCCUCCGUCGCCCAAAAUUUUUUCUCCGGACGAAAUUCUGUAUUUCGGAGAAUGUGGUGACGAUUUGAUACUUAUUCAGUCUCGUUCGUGGUGCCCUAGCGGUUUCAGAAUCCUUGAGCUGGAAAGGGAUUACAGCGGUUGGGUCGUCAAGUGUCGGGUCAAUCUUAGGCCCUUGAUAUCUGUGUUCCCCGAGAUGGAAUGGAAAAGCUACAACGAUGACUUCGAUGGAUAUGCUGUGCUGGGUGCUGUGAAGGGAGAUAAUGAAAGAGGUUUUGCACUCUUGUUAGCUACUCCUAGAAGGAUUAUUUCCUAUAACCCAAUGUACAAGACAUGGAAUGUGCUUCGUAAUCUAGUGCCGCGUGAGUCUUAUGAAUUUGGUAUGAACAUCUAUGCAUUUCCCUUUAUGGCAACCUUAUUUCCUGUUUGAAGUGAAUCUUACGCGUUGGAGCACGUAUCGAUCACUUUUUGCGUAAAUUAUGAAUGAUGCUAGUAGUAUUUUUUAGCGAUGUUUUCUUGUAG